AUGUCCGUCGUGGUGAAACAUUUGAAUGCUGACUCGACCUUCCUUCUUGUCUUCUCGCAUGAAGAGACUUCUCACGCUACAGACCUCCCAUCUGUCAAUGGAAGAUUAUCAGUUCUCAUUGAUCCUUGGCUUGCUGGGCCGUCCAUUGUCACAGCACCCUGGUUUGCAAAGACAGAGCACAGAAUCACAAGUGCCAUCCAGCAUCUCUCCGAGAUAGAAGAACCUGAUGUGGUUAUUGUCUCGCAGAACAAACCUGACCAUUGCCACAAGGAAACCCUCCUCCAACUCCGCCCUCAUGGAAAGACUAUCAUCGCAGCCGAGCCGAGUGCUGCAAAAACGAUCAAGAGCUGGAACUAUUUUGAUCCGACCAAUGUCCGUGGCAUCCUCAAAUACGACCCCAGGUCCAAAUUUGGUCGGUCUCUACAGAUACGAAUCCCUCCGCUCUCUCCUCUUGGUCUCCCUGGCGAACUCAAUAUCGCAUUCAUUCCAGCCAAGUCUUACAUGACUGGAUUGCAUAACGCGUUCGGGAUCACAUAUCAGCCUCCCACGCACACCAGAGCAUUUGCACCCGUCUCCACGGUCGAUCUUCCCAGGACGACAAGAUAUUUUCAUGUGCCCUUGACUCCAACGACAAUGCCGCCCUCAAGCCCUCCUCCGCUCAUGUCACCUACCGUGGCUAGACCCAUGUCAUUUGAUGGAUCUUCUCGCAACCACGAUCUUGCAUUGAGUCCUCGAUUGUCGCAGAUUAGGAGACACCGGCCACGGUUAUCCAGAGACUGGAACAGGACCUCCGACCUAUCGCCGAAUGGUUCCGAUGAACCCAGCAUCCAGGUCGUUCCAAACCCAGAGACUGGAGAGAUCGUGGAUCGAUUCGUUACAAUCCCAAGUCAAUCACCGCGGCUGGACUCUCGCUCCCAGUUCAAAUUGGGUCACGCUCCUUCUGCGUCUGGACACGCUUUACCGACGCCUCCUGAUUCUCCCGCCACAAUGCCGGCAGUUUCGAGCGAGUGCUGUUCCGCCGGGACUCGGUUGUCUCCUUUGAGUCCAGCGAGCGGUCAAACCGAUCCAACCAGCCCGGCCCUUCAAAAUUCCGUGACCGCUCUCGUUUCGAUGUCGGGCCUGUCUCCAGUCACGCCCGCUCGGCCAAAGGCCAUAUCAAUCAUUUACUCGCCGCACGGUCUUCCUCUCACGGAUCUCCAGCCGUACAUUCAGAAUCACCUAGUCCGGGUACCGGGGGCCCUUCCAUUAACCCUACUCUUCCACUCCUUCGACCAUGCCCAGAAUCCAUGGUAUCUCGGAGGCAACAUCAUGACGGGCGUACAAGGUGGAGCUGAACUUGCUCGCUCACUCAUGGCGCGAUGCUGGAUCAGCGCUCAUGACGAGGUAAAGGACGACCAUGGUCUGAGCGUCAAGAAAUUGCGCGUCAAGCGCGUCACAGCCGACGAAGCGACAGAGUAUCUAUGGGAAGGCGAAUACGGUAAGUGGUUGCAGGGAAGAGGUUGGACCUGCAAUGUCAGGAGUCUUGACGUGGGCAAGGAGAUGGUUAUCCGUUCAGUGAGCCCGAACUCUCCGAAGCAGUCUAGCGUUGAAGGCCCACGCGAAAGCUCCUGA